CCCCAGAACGAGUAUAUCGAGAGGUGGCGCAAGCAGCAUGGUGUGCGCUUGGAUCAUGAGGAGCGCGCGCGCAAGAAGGCCGCCCGUGAGGAGGGUCACGGCAAGUCGGCCAAGGCACAGAACUUGCGGGGUCUGAAGGCCAAGCUGUUCGCCCAGGAGCGCCGCAAGGAGAAGAUUCGCAUGAAGAAGGCCAUCAAGCAGCACGAAGAGCGCAACAUCAAGGGUGCCGCAGCCGACAAGGACCCCUCGAACCCUGUUCCGGCCUAUCUCCUCGAUCGCAACACCCCCAACACAUCCAAGGCGCUAUCGUCUUCCAUAAAGCAGGCGCGUGCAGAAAAGGCCGCCAAGUUCUCGGUGCCAAUCCCGAAGGUGCGUGGUAUCAGUGAAGAGGAGCUCUUCAAGGUGGUGCAUACAGGAAAGUCCAAGAGGAAAUCGUGGAAGCGUAUGGUCACAAAGCCCACGUUUGUGGGUCAGAACUUUACAAGGAGGAAUCCAAAGUACGAGCGCUUCAUCAGGCCAAUGGGUCUGCGUUACAAGAAGGCUCAUGUCACACACCCUGAGCUCAACGUCACCGUCCAUCUUCCUAUCCUUGGAGGAACCGUGAUCGAGGUCAACGUAUCAGAACUUGGUAUCAUGGCUGGAAACAAGGUCGCUUGGGGAAGAUAUGCCCAGGUUACCAACUCGCCAAUCGGGCCUGACAAUUUUCACAGGGAAAAUGAUGGUUGCGUCAACGCGGUUCUUCUUGUUUGA